GAGGUGCCUCCACUCCACCAUGGGAGACCCCUACGACACCAACUUCCUCAGAGGCUACUACUCCCACUUCCCUCCCUCCAACGCUCCCCCCGCCACCUCCUUCCCCAGCAGCUACUGCGCCUCCUCCUACCUCCACCACCCGCCUCCCCCGUCCCCUCCCAUCAGGGAAGCCCUCCCCCUCCUCAGUAACCUCACGCCGUCGUCGUCAGGAACCAACCACCACCACCACCAGCACUGCGGCGGCGACGUCCAGGACCACAAGGACUGCACACACGCCACCUCGUGCAGCGACGACCAAGAGGCGGCCGGGGAGGUCACGGUGGCCUUGCACAUCGGCCUGCCCAGCCCCAGCCCCUCUCCCUCUGAGUCGGCGGCAGACGGUGGCGAGAACCAGGAACAGGCAGCGGAAGGGAGGAGCCUGCAGGAGCAAGGAGGAGAAGAGGAGGAGGAGGAGGCCGCCGCCAUGCCGGUGGGCUGCGCGUCCAUCGUCGGGAUCGGCAGGCUGACGAAAGGGCAGUACUGGAUCCCCACCCCGUCGCAGAUCCUCAUUGGGCCCACCCAGUUCUCCUGCCCCGUCUGCUACAAGACCUUCAACCGAUACAACAACAUGCAGAUGCACAUGUGGGGCCACGGGUCGCAGUACCGCAAGGGCCCGGAGUCGCUGCGGGGCACGCAGCCGACGGCGAUGCUGCGGCUGCCGUGCUACUGCUGCGCGGCGGGCUGCCGGAACAACAUCGACCACCCGCGGGCGCGCCCGCUCAAGGACUUCCGCACGCUGCAGACGCACUACCGCCGCAGGCACGGCAUCAAGCCCUUCAUGUGCCGCAAGUGCGGCAAGCCCUUCGCCGUGCGCGGCGACUGGCGCACCCACGAGAAGAACUGCGGCAGGCUCUGGUACUGCGCCUGCGGCUCCGACUUCAAGCACAAGCGCUCCCUCAAGGACCACAUCCGGGCGUUCGGCCGCGGCCACGCCGCCUGCGGCGUCGACGACUGCUUCGACGACGACGACGACCGCGACGACCCGUCGUCAUCCGAGGUCGACCACGCAGCCACCAACACUACUAGUAACAGCACCACUACUACCGCUGCCGCCGCCAAUGCUCACCACCAUCACCACACCAGCUGGAAGCCGCCGCCGCCGCCACUGUCGUCGUCGAGCAGAGGCUCCGGCGACGACCGACUACUAUAGAUCGACAAGGGUGAGUACGUACGGUCCUACUACAUACAUCCUACACAGCAACCAGUCGAUCUGUAGCCAAAUGCAAACGUAUGCUUGUGUGCGUGUGUGUAUAACCAUGCAUAUCAUCCAUCUGUCCGUGUCUUACUCAGUGUUUAAAAUAGCGGGCUAAGGCAUUUAUCCUCGGCCUUUUUUAACAGCU